GGGGCCGGGGAAUGGGCGUGUAGGGAGCAGGGAAGGAAGGAAGGGAACGAGCGAGCGAGGGAGGAGAAGAGCCGGACGGAGAUUCCCGCCCGGCGCCCGAGGUAGCCGCCCCCAUCGGGGUCCCCCUCCGCCGCCUGCGGGCUGCGCGCCCCUUCCAUCCGCCCCAGGGCGCCACCGCCGGGAUGAGCAGCUCGCGGAACAACCGGGUGAUGGUGGAAGGAGUCGGGGCCCGGGUCGUCCGCGGCCCGGACUGGAAGUGGGGGAAGCAGGAUGGCGGCGAGGGCCAUGUGGGCACCGUGCGCAGCUUCGAGAGCCCCGAGGAGGUGGUCGUGGUGUGGGACAACGGCACCGCCGCCAACUACCGCUGCUCCGGGGCCUACGACCUCCGCAUCCUCGACAGCGCGCCCACCGGUAUCAAGCAUGAUGGGACUAUGUGUGAUACUUGUCGACAGCAGCCUAUCAUUGGCAUCCGAUGGAAGUGUGCUGAAUGCACAAAUUAUGACUUGUGCACAGUUUGCUAUCACGGGGACAAGCAUCACUUGAGGCAUCGUUUUUACAGAAUUACCACACCGGGAAGUGAAAGGGUAUUGUUGGAGUCUCGACGUAAAUCAAAGAAAAUUACAGCAAGAGGAAUCUUUGCAGGUGCCAGGGUGGUGCGAGGAGUUGACUGGCAAUGGGAAGAUCAAGAUGGUGGCAAUGGGCGUAGAGGAAAGGUAACUGAAAUCCAAGAUUGGAGUGCGUCGAGUCCACAUAGCGCAGCAUAUGUUCUUUGGGACAAUGGUGCUAAAAACCUUUACAGAGUUGGUUUUGAAGGCAUGUCUGACCUGAAAUGUGUUCAAGAUGCAAAAGGAGGCUCUUUCUACAGAGACCAUUGUCCUGUGUUAGGUGAGCAAAAUGGUAACAGAAACCCUGGUGGUCUGCAAAUAGGUGACCUUGUAAACAUUGACCUCGACUUGGAAAUUGUGCAGUCUUUGCAGCAUGGUCAUGGAGGAUGGACUGAUGGCAUGUUUGAAACUUUAACAACAACUGGAACAGUCUGUGGCAUCGAUGAGGACCAUGACAUUGUAGUACAAUAUCCAAGUGGCAACAGGUGGACAUUUAAUCCAGCUGUUCUCACCAAGGCCAAUGUUGUCCGAAGUGGAGAUGCUGCUCAAGGUGCAGAAGGAGGUACCUCUCAGUUCCAAGUGGGUGAUCUUGUUCAAGUAUGUUAUGACCUGGAGAGAAUCAAGCUUCUUCAGAGAGGUCACGGAGAGUGGGCUGAAGCAAUGCUUCCGACUUUAGGUAAAGUUGGUCGGGUUCAGCAAAUCUAUUCAGACAGUGACUUAAAGGUAGAGGUUUGUGGGACAUCUUGGACCUAUAAUCCAGCAGCUGUCUCGAAGGUGGCAUCAGCAGGAUCUGCUAUAAGUAAUGCAUCUGGUGAGAGAUUGUCCCAGCUAUUGAAAAAACUAUUUGAAACGCAAGAAUCUGGAGAUCUCAAUGAAGAAUUGGUUAAAGCUGCUGCCAAUGGAGACGUUGCUAAAGUGGAAGACUUGCUAAAGAGGCCAGAUGUAGAUGUGAAUGGGCAAUGUGCUGGACACACAGCUAUGCAAGCUGCAAGCCAGAAUGGCCAUGUCGACAUUUUGAAGCUGCUUCUGAAACAGAAUGUGGAUGUAGAAGCAGAGGACAAAGAUGGAGACAGGGCUGUCCAUCACGCAGCUUUCGGUGACGAGGGUGCUGUGAUUGAGGUUUUGCACCGAGGCAGUGCAGAUUUGAACGCUCGCAACAAGCGCAGGCAGACUCCACUCCAUAUUGCUGUCAACAAAGGUCAUCUGCAAGUUGUCAAGACUUUACUGGACUUCGGCUGCCACCCCAGUCUCCAGGAUUCUGAAGGAGACACUCCACUUCACGAUGCAAUAAGUAAAAAGCGUGAUGAUAUACUUGCUGUACUUUUAGAAGCUGGAGCAGAUGUUACUAUCACCAACAACAAUGGGUUUAAUGCUCUUCACCAUGCUGCACUAAGAGGAAACCCGAGCGCAAUGCGUGUGUUGUUGUCCAAGUUACCACGACCAUGGAUUGUUGAUGAGAAAAAAGAUGAUGGUUACACGGCCUUACAUCUGGCAGCCCUCAAUAAUCAUGUGGAAGUGGCUGAACUUCUGGUGCAUCAGGGCAAUGCUAACCUGGAUAUCCAGAAUGUUAACCAGCAAACUGCUCUUCAUCUUGCUGUUGAACGACAGCAUACACAAAUUGUUAGGCUCUUAGUCCGUGCAGGUGCUAAAUUGGAUAUUCAGGAUAAAGAUGGGGAUACUCCCCUGCAUGAAGCCCUGAGACACCACACCCUGUCACAGCUCCGCCAACUCCAAGACAUGCAAGAUGUGGGCAAGGUAGAUACUGCUUGGGAGCCAUCAAAGAACACAUUAAUAAUGGGUCUUGGUACUCAAGGAGCAGAGAAGAAGAGUGCUGCAUCUAUUGCCUGCUUCCUGGCAGCCAACGGGGCUGACCUCGGCAUUCGUAACAAGAAGGGUCAGUCCCCUCUUGAUCUCUGCCCUGAUCCAAGUCUCUGCAAAGCAUUGGCUAAAUGUCAUAAAGAAAAAGUCAGUGGCCAGGUUGGUUCCCGAAGUCCGUCUAUGAUCAACAAUGAUUCUGAAACCUUAGAAGAAUGUAUGGUGUGUUCAGACAUGAAGAGAGAUACUCUGUUUGGCCCAUGUGGCCACAUUGCCACGUGUUCUUUGUGCUCACCACGAGUGAAAAAAUGCCUCAUCUGUAAAGAACAAGUUCAGUCUAGGACAAAGAUUGAAGAAUGCGUAGUAUGUUCAGACAAAAAGGCAGCGGUGCUCUUCCAGCCAUGUGGUCAUAUGUGUGCCUGUGAGAAUUGUGCAAGCUUGAUGAAGAAGUGUGUACAGUGUCGGGCAGUGGUUGAGCGAAGAGUGCCUUUCAUAAUGUGCUGCGGAGGGAAAGGUACAGAAGAUACCGGUGAUGAUAUUUCAAGUGGAAACAUUCCAGUUUUGCAGAAGGACAAAGACAACACUAAUGUCAAUGCGGAUGUACAGAAGCUGCAGCAACAGUUGCAAGACAUCAAGGAACAGACUAUGUGUCCUGUCUGUUUGGACCGCCUGAAGAACAUGAUCUUUCUGUGUGGCCAUGGAACGUGUCAGCUUUGUGGAGACCGAAUGAGCGAGUGCCCCAUAUGCCGCAAGGCAAUUGAACGGAGGAUCCUUUUGUAUUAAACAGGAGCCAGUGUCUUUACUAGGUUGUGAAAGAGUAAGGACAUGUUGAUGGUUUACACCUCUGUAAGUUUAAAAGGCAGUGAAGGGUUCUGGCGAAAACAUUUCUAAUACUGUAGCACAGGUUUGUUACAUAGACAUUGUUUAAAGACUGUGUACACACCAAAUAAAAGAAACAGUAUUUGAACAGUCA